AUGGACGUGGACUUCAGGGAGCGAGGCAUGUACCCUGAGUCGCUCACCGAUCCUUCCAGGUACAUCAUUGAGGUGCUGAAAAUCGGAGCCAGCACCAUACAAACUGCGCCAAUGCGUCUCCCGCGAGACUUUCGAAGUGGCGUGGAUGAGAUCGUGAAGGACAUUCACACCAGCAUUGAGGUGCCGCCAUUGUUCAACACAAGCGGCGGAACGCUGUCCUUCAUAUUCCGCAAGCUUGUGACGUAUCAGACGCAGCAGAACCACCACCAGCCCCCAGGGCGAUUCCAGAGAUUGACAAGCUUCAGCGCGAGAGAAGCCAACAGCUGCGAUAAUUUUCAUGCGAAGCGCGUGGUUUGUGAGGUCCUGAAGACGUGGGCGUGUUGCAGCCACGGCGCUGUGAGCGAUGAGAGCGUCGAUGCGCAAGAAGUUGAGCCCUACCUGAACUUCCUUCGCCACCUUCUGUAUUUUCACGACAGAUGGUCUUCGAAGCUCUGGGGAUCAGACUCCUUUCUGGAGAUCAUGGUGCAGACCAUCCGGAAGCUCGAGGCCUUGAAGCGCGACUCCUCUGACACGAAGCAGAAGUAUCUCCGGGUGCUGGAGCAGAUCUACGACUCUUCCAGCGAGUUGGCGGAGAACGCCUUGCGAGUCGCCAUGUUGGCGGUCAGUGAGCAUCACGUGGAGUUUGAGACCGUAGUUACAAAGGAGGGUCCUAUGACUUUGAAGCUCCUCAGCAAGGCCUACUACCGGCACAACUCUUCAUUUUGGUGUACAGAUCUGGGUCAAGUGCUGAAUGCUGCGCUGGUGCGUGCAGAUCCUCUCCGGUUUAAGCCGAUUGGAACGGGAACAGAGAAGGCUCCGGCAGCGCGUGUUUGGAGCCUGUGGACAGAUGAGCUGGGGACCAUCAAGAUGUACGAAUAUGGAAGUCUUGAAGAAGCCCGGCAGGUUCUCGAGCAGUGCAGGUGCUGCACCGUCCUCGUGGGUCCAGAGGGCAAGAUUCAGGAGAAAUCCUUAGCUGCAGGCAGCCAGAUGCUUUCCAAGGUCUUGCAAGAAGGAAACACACUCCGUGAGCUCAACCGUAGAGUCGAUCAAAACAUUUCGCUGCAAAGAGCUGCGCUGGGCUUGCCUCCGGAGCAGGUGACGGCAAUUGAAGAUUUUCUCGGUCAAGAAGUGGAGGUAGAUGUGUCUGCAGAAGCCCAAAACUACUGGUAUGAUGCAGUGCAGAAGGUGCGAGAUGAAUGGAUGCAAGGUCGCACAGAAGUCGCUGGCGUGGCUGAGCCAUUCCGUGGGGGCAAGAAGGUGAAAUGGAUCGAAGGCGUGUUUGAGAAAGGGGCCAAGUCGUCUGACUUCCCGACAAUCAUUCUGGACCUGCCCAAGACGCUUUCGGAGUUGCUGUCGUGCCACAAGGAGGUGAUGUCUGCAGUGCGGGGCAUGAUCAGCGAAGGUGGAAGCAAAGAGGCACUGGCUGCAAUUUAUGCUUUGCGACAGCGCGGAACGAUCACCGGCCAGCUAGAUGCUUGCAUGCAGCGAUGUUUGGCCAGUGCCAACCUGAUCCACGGAUUCUACGAACAUUUGUUCUUUGAUGGUCUUGAGAGCGGUAAGAAGAUCAAGGGUCAAACAGCCUCAAUGCAGCGGUUAUAUUUUGAGAGCUACCGUGCUUGUAGCAAAAUGCGGGAUGAUAUCCUUACCAAAUGGCACAAGCUUGGCCUCCAGGUCACAGAUGACAACCUGGCUGAGGAGGCAAAGCGUAUUGAUAUGACGGAGAGGGCAGCAUUUUGCCAGCUGAUGGGCAUGCCAGCUCCAAAUCUUGCGCUAACUGCAGGCUCCACGUCCCAGCUGCUGCAAUUGCCUGACUCUCCAGCGGGUAACGAGGCUUCGCCAACUGGAACUCCUCGGAGCGACAAGCAAAUCCCAAUAACAUUCGCGCCCUCCGCCCGUGUGGAGGAGCUGAAGCCAGACCUCAAAGAGGAGGCCACUGAUUCGGGAGACGAUUUGUCCAAUGUGUUCAGUUGA